AUGGAGGAGUCAAAAAAAACCCCCGACGCGUAUUUGCAACGCAGCCUGGCUGCUGGCUACAAGAAGCAGCAGCUUGGUGUCACCUGGCAGGAUCUCUCCGUCCAGGUGAUCAGCCCCGAGGCUGCCGUCUGCGAGACUGUUGUCUCGCAGUUCAACAUCCCUACACGAAUCCGAGAGGGCCGCCGAAAUCCUCCAAUGCGAACAAUCCUCAACAAAAGUCAUGGAUGCGUGAAGCCUGGCGAAAUGCUGCUUGUCCUCGGCAGACCUGGUUCUGGCUGCACGACCUUGUUGAAGAUGCUUGCCAACAGACGAGGAGGAUACAAAUCGGUGGAGGGCAGUGUUCGCUUUGGAUCCAUGACACCUAAAGAGGCUGAACCUUUCCGAGGCCAGAUUGUCAUGAACACCGAGGAAGAGAUCUUCUUCCCAACCCUAACAGUUGGCGAGACCAUGGACUUUGCGACGCGUCUAAAGGUACCAUUCAAUCUGCCGGAAGGUAUGUCUCCCGCGGAAUAUCAACAGGCUUUCAAGGAGUUCCUCCUUGAAUCCGUUGGAAUCUCGCACACCGCAGACACCAAAGUGGGGAAUGAGUAUGUUCGUGGUGUGAGUGGCGGUGAACGGAAGCGAGUGUCCAUCAUAGAAUGUAUGGCCACUAGAGGGUCCGUGUUCUGCUGGGAUCAAUCAACUCGUGGUCUCGAUGCUUCCACUGCGCUGGAGUGGACGAAAGCUAUCAGAGCCAUGACUGACACCCUGAACUUAUCGACCAUCGUCACUCUGUACCAGGCUGGCAACGGAAUUUACGAUCUGUUCGACAAGGUACUUGUGCUUGAUGACGGCGAGCAGAUUUUCUACGGUCCCAGAGAGGAAGCAAGGCCAUUCAUGGAAGAAGCCGGAUUCCUUUGCCGCGAGGGCUCGAACAUCGCUGAUUACCUGACCGGUGUCACUGUGCCCACGGAGCGCAGAAUCCGCGACGGGUUUGAGAACCGCUUCCCGCGCAACGCGGAAGCACUCAGAACUCGGUAUGAGAGUUCCGUAAUCCAUGCGAGCAUGAUUGGCGAAUACUCCUACCCAGAGUCUGAACUCGCCCGCAGCCGCACCGACGAGUUCAAGGAAGGUGUGGCGUUGGAGGCGUCCAAUCGCCUCCCAAAAGAAACCCCGUUUACCGUCGGCUUCCUUGACCAGGUCAAGAUCUGUGUGCAGCGUCAAUACCAAAUCCUCUGGGGGGACAAAGCUACUUUCAUCAUCAAGCAGGUGGCGACCCUUAUACAGGCCCUGAUUGCCGGUUCCCUCUUCUAUGAUGCUCCCGACAAUUCUGCUGGUCUUUUUGUCAAAUCGGGAGCUUUAUUCUUCUCCUUGUUGUACAACACCUUGCUCGCCAUGAGUGAGGUGGUUGAAUCGUUCCAUGGCAGACGUGUGCUGAUCAAGCAGAAGGGCUUUGCCUUCUUUCACCCAUCUGCCUUCUGUCUUGCUCAAAUCGCCGCAGACAUUCCUAUCUUGCUCUUCCAAAUCUCCAUCUUCGGUGCGGUCAUUUACUUUAUGGUUGGGCUCACGAUGUCCGCGGGUGCGUUCUUCACCUACUGGGUCAUGGUUUUCACCACUACGAUGGCUAUGACUGCGCUAUUCCGAGCUGUGGGUGCUGUCUUCUCCACCUUUGAUGGCGCCUCAAAAGUUUCCGGUCUGCUCAUUAUGUCAACUAUUAUGUACACCGGUUACAUGAUUCCGAAGCCUUCAAUGCACCCUUGGCUUGGAUGGAUCUUCUGGAUCGAUCCCCUUGCUUACGGAUUUGAGACCUUGCUGAGUGUGGAAUUCCACGGCAAAGAAGCAAUUCCAUGUGUCGGCAACAAUCUGAUUCCCAGCGGUCCGGGAUAUGAGAAUCCAGCCUUUCAAUCUUGCGCUGGUGUGGCCGGCGCAAUUCAAGGCCAGAACUUUGUAAACGGCGACAACUACCUCGCAGCUUUCUCUUACAGUCAUUCGCACAUAUGGCGCAAUCUCGGCAUCAACUGGGCCUGGUGGGCUUUGUUUGUGUUCGCCACGAUUGUUGCAACCUCGCGAUGGAAGUCUCCUUCCGAGUCGGGUAGCAUGCUCGUCAUUCCCCGUGAAUACUUACACAGGCACGUUCGCAACCAGCGGAAGGACGAGGAGGGUCAGGCCCUCGAGAAGAUUGUCACUGCCACCAAGGACGAGGGCACUAACCUUGAAACCGAGUUGCUUCGUAACACCUCUGUCUUCACAUGGAAAAAUCUCACCUACACUGUCAAGACACCCACCGGCGACCAAGUCCUCCUCGAUAAUGUUCACGGAUGGGUGAAGCCUGGUAUGCUCGGUGCCCUGAUGGGUUCCUCUGGCGCCGGUAAAACCACCCUGCUCGAUGUACUCGCUCAGCGCAAAACCGAGGGUACUAUCAACGGGUCGAUCCUGGUCGACGGCCGCCCGCUGCCCGUCUCAUUCCAGCGGUCAGCAGGGUACGUGGAACAGCUGGAUGUCCAUGAACGUAUGGCGACCGUCCGGGAGGCGCUGGAGUUUUCGGCCCUGCUACGUCAACCUGCUACCACUCCACGUCAAGAGAAACUCGCCUACGUGGAAGUCAUUAUUGACUUGCUUGAGCUUCACGAUCUUGCAGAUACCAUGAUUGGUAGCGUUGGCGCCGGAUUGAGUGUCGAGCAGCGAAAGCGCGUGACCAUUGGCGUGGAACUGGUUGCCAAACCCAGUAUCCUGAUCUUCUUGGAUGAGCCCACCAGUGGUCUCGAUGGCCAAAGCGCCUACAACACUGUCAGAUUCCUUCGCCGACUGGCAGAUGCUGGACAGGCUGUUCUAGUCACCGUUCAUCAGCCAUCUGCACAACUUUUCGCUGAGUUCGAUCAGCUUCUUCUUCUGGCCAAAGGCGGCAAGACUGUGUACUUUGGUCCCAUCGGAGAGAAUGCCGCCGCGAUCAAGGACUAUUUUUCGCGCCAUGGGGCGCCAUGCCCGCCCGAGACCAACCCUGCUGAACAUAUGAUUGAUGUAGUUUCAGGCCAACUCAGUCAGGGCAGAGAUUGGAGCCAGCUCUGGCUCGAGUCGCCUGAACACAAUGACAUGAUUCAGGAGCUUGACAAUAUCAUUGAAGAGGCUGCUGCUAAGCCGCAAGCCGUCACUGGUGAUGGUCGGGAGUUUGCUUGCACCCUUUGGGAGCAAACGGUGUUGGUCCUGAAACGUACUUCACUGGCCCUGUACCGAAACUGCGACUAUAUCAACAACAAGUUUGCCCUCCAUAUCGUGAAUGGCUUGUUCGUCGGUUUCAGUUACUGGAUGAUUGGGACCUCUGUCUCGGACCUGCAGAAUGUUUUAUUUUUUGUGUUCAACGCAGUCUUUGUCGCUCCCGGCGUGAUCGCUCAAUUGCAGCCGACGUUCAUUGAGCGGCGAGAUUUGUUUGAGGCUCGCGAAAAGAAGGCCAAAAUGUACUCAUGGAAAGCAUUUACGAUUGGCUUGGUCAUCUCGGAGUUUCCUUACCUGGUUGUCUGUGCCGCCCUCUUCUUCAACUGUUGGUAUUGGACAGGCGGGAUGCCCGUCGAGUCUUCCAAGAGCGGUUCCGUCUUCUUUGUGUUCUUCCUCUAUGAGUUCCUCUAUACCGGGAUUGGACAAUUUGUUGCUGCAUAUGCACCCAACGCCCAUAUGGCUGCCAUGAUGAAUCCUCUCGUACUGGGCACAUUGAUUUCCUUCUGCGGCGUUCUCGUCCCUUAUGCCCAAAUCGUCACCUUCUGGCGAUACUGGAUCUACUGGCUAAACCCAUUCAACUACCUCAUGGGCAGCAUGCUGGUAUUCACUCUGUUUGACCGCGAGGUCAAAUGCAAGGAGGUCGAAUUUGCCAAGUUCGAUACACCCAAUGGCACGACCUGCGGUGAAUAUCUUAGCGACUAUAUGCAGAGCAUCGGCAGUCGGAUGAACCUCAUCAAUCCCGAGGCUACCUCUGGAUGCCGCGUGUGUGAGUACACACGUGGCGCUGAUUAUCUCUUCACUCUCAAUCUCAAGGACUACUUCUAUGGCUGGAGAGACGCAGGUAUCGUGGCUCUCUUUGUUUGCAGCUCGUAUGCUUUGGUAUUUAUUCUCAUGAAAUUGAGGACCAAAGCAUCCAAGAAGGCUGAGUGA